AUGGCUACCAGCUGUGAGGCUUGCUCGUCUGUGCAAUUCGCCGGCAACAUCAAAAAGAGGCUUAUCGUGUGCUGUGACGGAACUUUCAGCGGUGUAGACAAAGGAACUGAUGACUACUCAAGUAAUGUCGCUCGACUGACCCGCGUUAUUUCCAAUGUUGGUAUUUCCAAAACUGGAGAAAAGAUACCACAGGUCGUGUAUUAUCAAUCCGGUGUUGGCACCGGUUCUCUAACAUAUGUGGACAAGGUCCGCCAAGGUGCCUUCGGUGGAAGUCUUGCAGAGAAUGUCUGCGAAGCAUACAACUACCUUGCCAACAACUGGGGGCCAGGAGAUGAGAUUUUCAUAUUUGGCUUCUCUCGCGGUGCAUAUACUGCCCGCUCUCUGGCCGGCGUCAUCUGCCAAGUAGGCUUACUUACACCACUCUUAAUGGACAACUUUUUUGAGAUCUACAGCGCCUACAAGAACAGAGGGAACCAAGCCUUUGAUGAGACGGAGUGGGCAAAUGCGCCUCUGAUACCAGGCGAACUCGGCACUGUCCCGCCACAGGAUGGUGUUGCAACUCCGUCUUAUGGCACUCGACUCCAACAUUUGCGCAAGGUGGCGCACUUACAUGUGACGAUCAAGGCCGUGGGUGUUUGGGAUACCGUUGGCAGUGUAGGAGGACCGAACUGGUUCGGCCAAGCCGGUGAAGAUGCGACAUUUCACUCAACAAAACUCAGUCCUAAAAUUGAGAAUGCUUUCCAUGCACUGGCACUGGAUGAAAGUCGUGGAAACUUUCCACCUACGCUGUGGCACAUUGAUUCCACAUGCCUAGAGAAGGACGGGAAAACUCCACGUGUGAAUUUAAAGCAGUGCUGGUUUCCAGGAUACCACUCAGAUGUCGGUGGACACAGUCGUGGUGCAGUCGACAAUAACAGCGUCGACGAAAUAGCCUUUUCCUGGAUGUGCGAUCAACUCUUUGGACUUCUGCAACUCAGUGGCACCGCCCUGCAGAAAUAUAUCCUCUUCAGAAUUGGCAUUUCUGGUUUCGACACGAAGAAUAAAAGCAUUCGUGAUUUGUCAGCCGCCUGGAAGUCGAUCGCUUGGAGUGACGGCGAACUCGAGAACACCAAUUCCUUCACCAGCUUGUGGUGGGUGCCGUCAUUCGUUUCGACAGCCAAGGUGGCCUAUCACCGUAUUCCCGGAGAAACAAGCGCAUUCGAGAAAGUCGAUGGCCAGAAGAAACCAAUACCGUACAAGCAGUUCAACGAGGAAAUCCACCCAAGUGUAAUUCAUCGAAUCAAAAACAGAAAGGGAUAUAUGCCAGGACCGUUUGCAAAGAAUUGGAGAUACGUGGAAUCAACAAACGGUGCACGUGCGUGUUGGGUCAAGGGCUCUGGAAAAGAUGAGAUUGUUCUGAAUGAAUACCUAAUUCCAAACCUUGGCGAGUUUCACAAAGGUGCAGGGUUUGAUCACUGGCAGGGUAGCUUGGAACGAACAUUUGCUCCAAAGGAUGUGGUUGCCUUGCAGGACAAACUGCCGCAGUAA